AUGUGCAUUGCCCGGGCCCAGGCUGUGGAUGCCACUGUUCGUUUCCUGGUCUGGCGCGUGCCCGAAAGCUGGGACGGGCAGGGUCUGUCCGACAGACGUGCAUGCCUGGCGGUGAUCUUGGCAGAAGCGCUUCUGCUAAAACGCGUGGCGGCGUUGCCCGUCUUCACCUUGGCAGCUCAGCACAACAACGGCAGGUCACGAGCCUCGGACCUCAUGGAAUACCUCUCACUUCGACACGUGCCCGUGCAGACCGUUGCGAUCGAAGGCCUGCCUCCGACAGUGUGGGAGGACGCGGUGGAGGUGUUCGGCGAAAUGGACCCUGAGCAUUGGCGGGGAGCACCCGCCCAGGCGCUGAUACGUCAUACCCGGGAGACCUUCUGGAGAUCCGGGAUCCACGCCUCCGUGAUGAAGCUUGCCGGCGAACUUCAUGGGACGGGGAUGCAGCCCACCGCAGGGCUCUUCGACCCAUCGCCCAGAGUGGCAGAGGUCGCUGCCCGAGUUCGACGGCGAUUGGGGCCUGCGUAUGUGGGCGUGCAUGUUAGGCGUGGGGACAAACUUCUCAUGCCGGGCCUGGAUGCCGCAACUCAGCCAGAGGCAGUGGCGGACCGCGUCGCGCAGCUGGCACCAAUGGGUGUGAGAACAGUGUAUGUUGCCACAAAUGACACGAAAGCAGACUAUGGCACUGCGCUAGCCAAGAGGGGCUUCCGUUGCUUCAGCUCACACUGCUGGGCUCUGACCUCCACGGCUGGCAUAGAGGACUUGGCAGACAACUUUUUCAUUUUUGCCGUGGAGAUGCAGAUUGUGGAUGCUGCCACAGUCUGUGUCCGAACGUUCAAUGAUUCCAUGCCAUGGUACAGGGCCAGUCUGACAAAGCCGUCCCACCAUUUAAUGGACCGCAGCAUGCACGACUACGUUUUUGGCUUCAGUGCCACAGGUACCUCAUGCUCCUGGCCUGAGAGCCCCCUUGUCAGUCUCGUGAACCUGGAUGCAGGCAUGAAGCACCCAAGGGGCUCAAGGAGAUGUGCUGAAGGAGAGGAACGAAGGCCCAAACCCUGCGACUACAGCAUUGCAGUUUUUGAAGGUGAGAGAAGAGAUUGGUGGGAGCUGCCGGCAUGCAUUUGGCCAAUGGAGGUGCGUGGUGGCACUUGUGAAGGAACCUUCGAGCUGCUGGAGCCCACACUUCGGAAUGUCUCCUCGGGAAUGUCCGUAUGGACCGAGUAUUUCGGUGCCCUUGCAGCUUUCACAGAUUCCAUCGCUGCAGGUCUGUCACGUAGGUCCACACUCUACGGGUUCGAGAAUGUCUCCGAGAAGCACCGAAAUUUGACUUCUGGAGUUGUGCCUCGGCGCGGAGCAGUCUUCUGCUACGCAUCCAUGGGAAGUGCUCUUCUUCGAGACCGGCAUGGCACUUUCGAGAUAGUUGCUGGUCAGUACUGUGUCGUCCCAGCUCCUCUGCGGAUUGAACUACACGGCAACACCAGGUUGGUAGCCAUCCACACGCAUCCCUUUGAACCUUUGCGCACCAUGGGCGGGCCGAUUGAAAGCAAGGGCCGGCUGCGCUACGUGGAUGGCUGCAGCGACACGCUUCUGCUGGCUCCUCCCAGGCUUUCGGACCCCUGCUUGAACUUCCUGCAUUUCCCGCCGAAUAUCCAUCAAACCUUACACACCCACCCCUCCGUGCGCUGCGGGCUUAUUGCCAGCGGAGCCGGGUACUGCUUAGACGCCGAGCUCCGCAAGCUGGAGCUGCAAGAGGGCAUGGUUUGGGCGAUCCCCAAAGACACCGUCCAUUCCUUCCAUACGGCCGAGUCGAAGCAGGAGCUGAAUGUCAUCGCCUUCCAUCCAGACUCAGACUGGGGCCCGAUGGACGAGGACCACCCCAUGCUGAACCGCACGUGGGUGGACGGAAAGAAGAUUGACAAUUGCGCCCAAAGCCAUCGAAAUCCCGACAUGCUUCGCACCGAUCAGUCGCUGGCGCAGCAACUGGCGCAGCAUCUCUCGCAGCUGGCCCCGGCGGGGAAGCAAGGAACCGGCUCAUCUGCCGAAACUUGGGCUGCGCAUUUGGUGCUUAUCGAAGUUGUGGAGUCGGAAGAACCGCGCCCUGUGGAGCUCCGCGAGCUGCGCCAGGCCCCUUCCGACCCUUCCGACUCACCCAACAUGCUGGUUUGCCGGGCCGAGCUGAGCAACGUGCAGUCCGCGCAGCCACUGCAGAGGUUGUCGCUGGACCUUGAGGCCACCGAUGCUUGA